AGUCACAUGACGCUGCUCUUCCUUGUCAGCUGACGCUUGGUUUGGAGGAACUGUAGUUUAGUGUAGGUUUUGCUAAUAUUAAUAAAGUAGUUAUUAGUUUAGUAUAGUAGUUUCAAAGUUAGUUUUCAGGCUUUGCCGCGGCAAAUCUCUCUUCAGAUAUCCGCAACUGCCUUCAAAACAUCAGCCAUGGCGCUCAGCGAUGCCGCCGUACAGAAACAGAUCAAACACAUGAUGGCCUUCAUUGAUCAGGAAGCCAGUGAGAAGGCUGAAGAAAUUGAUGCAAAGGCAGAAGAAGAGUUUAACAUUGAAAAAGGACGACUGGUGCAAACUCAAAGACUAAAGAUAAUGGAGUACUAUGAGAAGAAAGAGAAACAGAUUGAACAACAGAAGAAAAUUCAGAUGUCGAAUUUGAUGAACCAGGCCAGACUGAAGGUGCUCAAAGCUCGUGAUGACAUGAUUAAGGAUCUCCUAAAUGAUGCCCGAGAGCGUUUGGCAACCAUUGCCAAAGACCCAAAUCAGUACCAAACACUUCUGGAGGGGCUGGUGUUACAGGGUUUUUAUCAGCUGCUAGAGUCUAGGGUUAUAAUCCGCUGUAGAAAGGAAGAUGUAGCGAUGGUGCAGACUGCUGUUCAGAAAAACAUCCCGAUCUACAAAGAAGCUGUAAAGAGUAACAUUGAAGUUCGCAUCGACGAGAACACUUUCCUGUCUCCUGACAUUUCAGGAGGUGUUGAAGUCUAUAAUGCUGAUGGCAGGAUCAAGGCUUCCAACACGCUGGAAAGCAGAUUAGACCUUCUAGCACAACAGAUGAUGCCUGACAUCAGAGUGAGUUUAUUUGGUGCCAACCCAAACCGCAAGUUCACAGACUAAUCGACUGUUACAAAUACAUUUCAGAAGAGCUGAGGUUUGAUGGGUCUUUUAAGGUUACAGCAGAUUUGCUAAAGUGGAAAUCUGUUUUUUUUAUUUCACUUUUAAAAAAUGGUACCUUUCGGUUUUAUUUUAUUAUUAUUUUUAGGCCAAAGAUAGUAGUUAACACUGAAAUGUGUUCUCUUGUUACCUUAAACCUCUCCUUUGAGAGUUUAUUUAGCACUUUCUCUUUGAAUAUCAUGUCACGGGUAGGGAAAGUAGACGCCUGACUUCUUAUCUCAGCUUGUACGAACAAAGAGUUGUAAGCACUUAGGAAUUUGCAUUGUGUCAAUUGUUGUUAGCUAAGCUAGUAGCCUAGCCGGUUUUUCUUAAAAGAAAAGGGGGGAAAAUAUCAUUGGGUGAUAUUUAACAUGGAUCGUCCAUCCAUGAUAUUCAACAUGGAUGCUUUUGUGCCUUAAAUUGUACUGCAACUGCAUUUUACUACGGAUAAAUAAAUAAAAAAUAGUUUAUUUACAGCAUGUCUGUGUCCAUCACAGUUUAAACAAAACUGUGUUUAUUAACUACAUCAAGUCUGAAAACUGACAUUCGUACAGAUAACACUACAUACAUCUCAAACAUUAACAACACAAUGCCCUCUCUCUUGUUAAAAUGAAACAUAUUAGAUGCAAAUUAGCAUCAUUUGUUGUGGUGCAACAGCGCUUUGCAUAAUCAAAUCAGACUCCAGACUUUAAAAUACAAAAGCUCUUAAUUGAACGCAUUUAAUAAAGUACAGACACCUAUAUCAGUCUUGCAUAUACCAAACGUACAGAUUUCUUAUCACAAUUAUUUAGAAUGACAUGAACAAGAAGCCUUUUUUCUCACAAAAAUCAAGUCUUCAAGGAAUACGCUUCUAUAAAUAAGCUUCUAUCUUGUUGGUAUUAUUAAAGUAAUGUGUUUUUAAACAGAAAUGUUUCCCACGUUUUUUGUUCUUUUCUCGGUUCUCUCAAAAUUAAACUAUUCAAGAUCUCAUUACUCUCUUGUUUAUCUUUCUUUCUACAGAAUGUGAAAAAACAAAUCAGCUAAAUAAAUGUUCUACCUAAACAACA